ACGCCCCGAGACCCCGGGCCGCGCAUGCGCGUGGGGGAGGUCAAAGGGCGCGGGGCGGUGCCUGCGAAGAGCCACACGGCGCGACAAGAUGGCGGAUAAGGAGAAGAAGAAAAAGGAGAGCAUCUUGGACUUGUCCAAGUACAUCGACAAGACGAUCCGGGUAAAGUUCCAGGGAGGCCGCGAAGCCAGUGGAAUCCUGAAGGGCUUCGACCCACUCCUCAACCUUGUGCUGGACGGCACCAUUGAGUAUAUGCGAGACCCUGACGACCAGUACAAGCUCACGGAGGACACCCGGCAGCUGGGCCUCGUGGUGUGCCGGGGCACAUCCGUGGUGCUAAUCUGCCCGCAGGACGGCAUGGAGGCCAUCCCCAACCCCUUCAUCCAGCAGCAGGACGCCUAGCCUGGCCGGGGGCGCGGGGGGUGCAGGGCAGGCCCGAGCAGCUCGGUUUCCCGCGGACUUGGCUGCUGCUCCCACCGCAGUACUGCCUCCUGGAAUGGAAGCAUUUUCCUUUUUGUAUAGGUUGAAUUUUUGUUUUCUUAAUAAAAUUGCAAACCUCAA